CUCCGGGCUGCGCUUCAUUCGGGGUGGACCUGCUCUAAGCGUCCAGAGUCAGGUUCUGCAGCAUCACGUCCAAAGCCAAGACCACAGGAUCUGGCUCCAGUGGGUGCCCGUGACCUUCUGCGCCAUGGAAUUAGCCCAGGCGGGCAUCUUAGCCUCUUCCCUGGCCUCCAGGAUAGUGUCAGCAGCGAGCCUGGCCACAGCGGGCGGGGCGGCCUGUGGCAGUGUCCUGGCUGGACUUCCAUCAGUGGGUGAGAGGCUCACCCUGUCAUCCAAGGCUGCCCUGGGCCCGGCCGCAUCUGCGCUGGGGUCCUGGCUGGGGACACUGAAUGGCUCCUACCUGCUAGGAUCCUCUGUCACGGCCCUGACUGUGUCCCCACUCGCAGCCAAGACUGCUGCAGCUGUGAUUGGAGGAGCUGUGACCGUGGGGGCUGUACCCGUGGCACUGGGCGCCAUAGGCUUCACCGGGGCAGGAAUCGCCGCUGGCUCCAUAGCAGCCAAGAUGAUGUCCGCAGCCGCCAUCGCCAACGGGGGCGGAGUUGCAGCCGGCAGCCUGGUGGCUACUCUGCAGUCGGUGGGAGCAGCUGGACUCUCCCUGUCGUCCAAAGUCAUCGUGGGCUCCGUUGGGUCUGCCCUCGCCACCGUGGUGCUGUAAUAGCUCCCUGUUGCUCCCCCUGCAGAGAAGAGGACAGGGUGGGGCCAGCCCCAUGCAGGGAGGGACCCGUCCUGGGGUGACAGUGUGCCAAACGCUGCACCCCCAGAUGAAAAUAAGGAAUAAAAAUGAGUUGUUGCA